GUAAUGUAAACAGGCUGCAGGGAAAGUGCAGCACAGGGGUGAGACGGACUUGACUCAGGGGGCGAACAGCAGCAGAGACGCCCACACAGACUGGAGGACACCGCGCUAUAAAAAUGUGAGUCGGUAUUUCAGCGUCAGUGGGGAUCCUUUAAAAGCCACAGUGAAAUAGACAGGAGUCUUAAGCAAUGGAAAAAACUCCGCGACGGACAUCGCUGCAGUGGAGCUUGUCGAAAGGAAACAUGACUUCUAAUGAAAACAGAUUUUUUCUUCUGGAUUUCUUUGGAUUAUCCUUAUGAAUCACAAAGAUAAACCAGCUGGACUUAUAAGAUAACUAAUCAACUGUCGAGUGCCUCACCUAACUAUGGAUCUCACGACCUUCAGAGUUCAGAGAUGUUAGCUUUGAGCCACUACAACUCCUCAGCCCCCCUGCUUCUCCCUCAUGUGGCUAAUGACAGUGGAGGGAAGGUGGAGGUCAGGGCUGCUGUUGAAGGGCUGUCACACCAUGAAAACCUCACCUUUGAGGAGCCUACCGCUGGUGGAGCGUUCAUUGUCAUAUUGUCCAUGACACUGGGCAUCAUUUCCAACAUUGUGGCCCUCUUCAUCCUGGUUAAUGCUUACUCCCUUCAGCGCCGGCGCUCCAAAGCUACAUUCCUUCUGUUUGCCACGUCACUGGUGAUUACAGACUCGAUUGGCCAUGUGAUUCCUGGUGCCCUGGUUCUCCGACUCUACCUCUCUGGAGCUGCAAGGCCUCAGUAUGUCAACUCCUCUGAUGGGAUGUGCCAGUUCCUCGGUGGCAGCAUGGUGUUCUUCGGACUAUGCCCUCUCUUCAUGGGCUGUGCCAUGGCUGCCGAGCGAUGCCUGGGUGUUACUAAACCACUGCUGCACUCAUCUUUGGUCACAAAAAGACGUGCAAAAAUUUGUCUUUCCAUCAUCUGGCUGGCAGCCUUAAGUGUGGCCUUGCUACCCUGCUUUCAGCUGGGUUCCUACACCUAUCAAGAGCCAGGGACCUGGUGUUUCAUCAAAGUGCUCAGUGACACUAAGGAGGUGGAUGUGGCAUUUGUAGUAUUGUUCUCUGGACUUGGGCUGGCCUCGCUAGCUGUGGCGCUGGUUUGUAACACCAUCAGUGGACUGACACUGGUCUUCGCCCGGCUCAGGAGGCAGCCCGGCUCCCAUCACUCAGCCAAGUCCCACGACAUAGAGAUGGUGGUGCAGCUCGUUGGAAUAAUGGUCACCUCGUGUAUCUGUUGGAGCCCUCUGCUGAUCUUUGGCCUGAUGUCCGUGAUUCACUCCUACACGGGAACCAUUGGACACAGCUUGUCAUACUAUGAAACCCUGAUGGUGAUGGGAGUGAGGCUGGCCACGUGGAACCAGAUCCUCGACCCCUGGGUUUACAUCCUGUUGCGCCGCACCGUGCUCCGCAAAAUCUACCUCAUCGCUAAGUGCCAGGCAGGCCUGAGGGGUACUAUUUUGGGCCGUUGGGAGCCGUCCUCUUUUCCUAGCUCAGAGAAGAAUGAUGUAGAUCAAGUCUGAUCUGAGAGAAAGGCUGACAUAGUAAUUUGCGGAUAUAUUUUGUUACCAGGUCAGUGAGCAUAUGAAGAACUCAGCAAAGAUCUUUAUAAAGAAAAGCCAACAGAAGAGCAGGAUGUUUGAAAACACCUCCGUGGCUUUUAAACCUUCUCUAAAAAAGUGCUUCUUGGAUUGAAUCAUCAUUUCUCUUUCUCACAUCAUCAAAGUUUACCCUGAGUUCAUGGUCUGGACCUUAUAAAUGAAAGCUAGCUAAUGCUAUGAUUUUGCACAAAAUAUACACUUUUCUACUGUUUACCUGCAUUGAGUGAACAUUCCUUGUUAUUAUACCCUCAUAAGGAAACUCUUAAGAGGAAAAGGGAACGAUUUAGGCCGCAUAUGGCUGCAGUACUAACCACGCUUUGUCUGGAGAAGCUCAAAGUUUUGCAGAAGUGCCACUUAUACAGGGACUACAUACAGUAUUGCAUUGAUUUAUUUGUACUCAGUUCUAUCUGCUUUUAAAGACAUGAAUUGCACAGUUGGCAUGCCUUCAUUGUAUGGUUGCAAAAGAAAUCAGUUGUACUGGUUUUAACAUUUGGAGGGAGCACCGUACUAAACCCAGAAGUAUUUAGAGCGUAUUCUGCUGAAUGUGUUUCAUUAAGGAAUGUUAAUAUUCAAAUACUGUGGAGUUUAUGUAUGUUUAUAUGCUCUAUGUGUGCUUAUAUAUUUCUUUUUGUGAAAUAAAGUAAGAGGUUAUAACGUAAUACUUGAAUUAUACACUCAUUUUUCUGAGUGUGUGUAAAGACUGAAUGUAAAUAAAA